UUCCGGCCGUGAAAGCCUUCGACAACUUCGACAAUACAUUGUACUUAAGACUGUUGCCAAAUUUAUCUAGAGGUUGUUUUAUUAACUCCUGUUCUGCAUCUCUACUUAACUGUGGAAAAUAUGGCAACUCUAAUCUAGUGAAGCAGGUUUGUUUCCCCACUUCUGCACAUGAAGCCUGCUGAGUGCCCUUGGGAUAGUAACAGUUCUCUCAGAAUUCUCUCAGCUCCAUCUGCCUCACAAGGUGUCUGUUAUGAGGAGGGGAAAGGAAGGUGAAUGUAAGCCACUUCGAGACUUUUUUUGUAGAGGAAAGCAGGGUAUAAAAACCAGCUUUCUUCUUCAACCAUCUUGGGCUACUUAUUGUGCAAAGUAUCUCUUAGUCACAGCUAUUAUCUGCACGUCAGACAUGAAAUAGAUUUUCUUUUCAAUUAAAGUGAAUUAUUUUAAGAACAUUAUCUCUACAGUCUCAGUAACUGUGUUUAUUUCACCUCUCCCAGCAAUCAGAAUAGAGCAAAGUAGCCAUGGCCAACCAGCAUAAUUCCACUAGUCCUCCAAGUUGCAAUGGGAUCUCAACACCUGAAAAGAAAAUCAACCCCUUGGUAGCUGAAGGCCAUGGGCAGCAAAUCUUAAAGGUCCUGCAAAGCUUCAGAGAUCAAAACAACUUUUUUGACUUUAAAAUACUUGUGCAAGACGAAAUAAUCCCAUGUCAUCGUUGUGUACUAGCAGCAAGUAGUGACUUUUUCAGGGCCAUGUUUGAAGUUAAUAUGAAAGAAAGAGACCAUGGGAGUGUUACCAUUAGUAAUUUAUCACCCACUGCAGUGAAGGCCUUUCUAGAUUAUGCUUACACUGGAAGGACAGAGAUAACAAAUGACAAUGUAGAAAUGUUCUUUCAGCUCUCAUCCUUCCUCCAAGUUGCUCUUCUUUCCAAAGCUUGCAGUGACUUUCUAAUUAAGAGCAUAGAUCUCAUCAACUGCUUGCAGCUAUUGUCCAUAUCUGAAAGUUAUGGUUCCACUGAGUUGUUCAACCAUGCACUAGGUUUUGCCCAACGCCAUUUCCCUUUACUGCUCCAAACAAAUGACUUUUUGGAAAUUAAUUCUGAGAUAUUGCAAAAAUGUCUAGAAGCUGACGAGCUGAAUGUCCCAGAUGAGGAAUGUGUGUUGAAAGCUGUCCUUCAGUGGACGAGGCAUGACUUAGAAACAAGACAGAGGCAUCUUCCCCACUUGAUGAAAGCAGUAAGAUUGCAUCAGUUAUCUGAGGAGGUCUUACAGAACUUCUUACACUCUGAAGAACAGUUGCUUGAAGACACUAGCUGCCUGGCAGUUGUCAAAGAGGCAGUCAAAUGUGUGCAAACAUCCAGUGGGUUAUUUCUAGACGCUCGGCCGUCAACAACUGAGAAGUACAUACUGGUGCACAAAACUGAGGAAAACGGUGUAUGUCGACAUACGUUUUGCUAUAACAUUCAAACUGAUAAAUGGAAAGAACUGAUGAACACAGACAUAAUUGAUCUUCCAGGAUCCAGUCUAUCUAGUUAUGGUGAAAAAAUAUUUAUAACUGGGGGAUGCAAAGGGAAAUGUUGCCGGACAAUUAGACUUCAUAUUGGCGAAGCAUUCCAUGAUGCUACCAACCAAACUUGGUGUUACUGUCUAGCAAGAGACAGCAUCUCAUCAGUAUCUCCUAUGAAAAAGCCAAGAACAAUGCACACGUUGGUUGUGGCCCUGAACCAGUUGUUUGUGAUAGGGGGGAAGACGAGGGCAUCUCAGGGUAUCAAAAGCCUUUUGGAUGUGGAAGCGUACAGCCCUCUCUCUAGAGAAUGGAAAUCUGUGAGUCCAUUACCAAGAGGCAUAUAUUACCCCGAAGCAAGUGCAUGCCGGAAUAUAAUUUAUGUACUUGGUUCUGAAGUAGAAAUUACUGAUGCUUUUAAUCCAUCUCUUGAUUGUUUCUUUAAGUAUAAUGCUGAGACUGAUCAGUGGUCUGAACUGGUAGCAGAAUUUGGGCAAUUCUUUCAUGCAACCUUAAUCAAAGCAGUUCCACUGAACUGCACAUUGUACAUUUGUGACCUGUCUACUUACAAAGUUUAUAGCUUUUGUCCAGAGACGUGUGUCUGGAAAGGGGAAGGCUCUUUUGAGUGUGCUGGUUUUAAUGCAGGAGCAGUUGGGAUAGAAGAUAAAAUUUACAUCCUUGGUGGCGAUUAUGCUCCUGACGAAAUCACUGAUGAAGUACAAGUCUACCACAGCAGUAGGUCUGAGUGGGAGGAAGUUUCGCCCAUGCCAAGGCCCUUAACUGAAUUUCACUGUCAGGCGAUUUGGUUUAAUAAAUCUAGGGACCCUGGUUUUUUCCAGUAGUGAAAUGAUGCAGUUUUAUCAAUUCUUUUCAAAUUCUCCAAACUUGAAUAAGAUUAUUUCUUUUUAAUUUGAAAGAUACUGUAAAUUGGGGCUACAAUAUCCAAAGCAUUAGUUUUCUCCAAUCUACAUUCAGUUCAGUGGUCAAGUAAAGCUUGCAAAUUGCAUUCAUAAUCCAUAGAAUAUAUUAAAAUAUCUUCCCUAGGACAAAACUGUGUGAGUCGCCAAUUUCAUUAAGGAAUCACAGAUUGGAUCCAAAGGUCCCAUUCCACUAGUGGUACAGCCAUAAAAUCUUCUGCUGGUGGAACAUGCCUCUUCUGCUAAAGCAUAGCUCUCUGUGCCUGAAAGAAGGGUCUUUGCAUCAAGGGAUAACUCCGCCUUUAGCAGAGUGGAACUUUAUUCCAAAGCCAUGGUGAAGGAUCAAAGAACUAUGACAGUUAAGAUGCAUCUUCAUUGAAGGGCUCUUGAGCUGGAUUAGCCAUGUGGCACUAAGGAAGAGGGGCAUUUUAUGAUUGGAAGUUCUUGCUUAAUUUUUUUUACAUGCUUUGAUGUGAGUUUGUAAUUUGGUAAUUAAUGUUAUAAAAAGCCUUCAGGGUCUUUGACUGAAAGCAGUCGGCUAAAAUAAAUGGGGUACUCAUUUAACCCAAAGAGAUUUUGAUGUGCUUAUCUUAAAUGACAGCCCCCAUGCCGUAUGGAAAACUACUUUUUAAAUGGGAGUUUUAAAAGCAGUUAGUGGUAUGGCUUGCAGAUCAGCUUUUCAUGUAGAAAAUCCCAUGUGCAGUGCCUGACCUUUCCAGCUAGAGGUCCAGGUAGCAUGUGAUGUGAAAGAUGGAACAGCCAAUACUGAGUUUGGUAGGCCAGGGGUCUGAUCCAGUAUCAGGCAGCUUCUUGUGCUAAUUCUUUAAGGCUAUAUUAUUAAGUAUACUGAAGGGGGGGGGGGGGAGCAAUAGAUAGAACCAGAACUGAGUAACAAUAGAUAGAACCAGGCUGUAUGUCUUGUAAGAACUCAGGUGUAAAAUGCAAACCAGAAUUCUAUUACAGAUCUAAAAAGUCACCAUAAGAAUUUGAUUUGAAGGAAUAAGCAAGACAUUUUGGAGGACAUUGGCUCAUUCCGCACAUGCAGAAUAAUGCACUUUCAAACUGCUUUCAGUGCUCUUUGAAGCUGUGCGGAAUGGCAAAAUCCACUUGCAAACAGUUGUGAAAGUGGUUUGAAAACGCAUUAUUUGGCGUGUGCGGAAGGGGCCAUUGAUUCCUAAGGUCACCAUCAGUCAGAAGCGACUUGGAAGCACUUAACAUAUAUCCAUUUAGUAUAUAUCAUACUAAAACAGUUACAUUCAGAUAUUAUAUUAUCAGUAAAGCUAAAAUAUAGCAUGACAAUGAGUUUUGAUAUAAUGUAUAUAAUUUCUUCUAACCAACUGUUAAUGUCCCGGCUAAUAUGUAAUGAUUGAUAACUUAUAAAUAUAACAUAAAUUAUUUCUAUGGUAAUCACAAAUUUUUAUGUAAAAUUAACAUUUUAUGCCACUGUUUUUGCACAAUUUAGGCUAUUUCAUAUGUUUAUGUCUAUGAACCAUUAUGUCUACAGGAAGUAGAACAGGAUUUUUGAAUAACAGAUUCAGAUAAAGAAUGAUGCAGUAGUACAUGAUGACAAAGAAGAUACAGCUAUACUAUCAUUUUAUACAAUUUGAAAUGUGCUGAACCAUUAUACCUUCCUCUAAAUAUCUGAGGUUGUGCUCUAAUGAGAUUUGAGUCUCUCUUGGUCAAGGGUCACCAAUAAAAAAAUCCAGUGUGCACACAUAAGGUUACAUCUAUUUCCAUCAAUUUUCCCCCUCAGAACUUGGGAGAGCCCCUCCCCAAAGGCACCAGUAUUCAGUACUGGUAUGUAUGGCUCUCUACCAAAAUGCAGUUUUUAAACAAUAAUUUUAAAAGACAUUCUGUUAAAAAGAGCUUCUACCUGAAAUGUUGAAGACCUACUGUCAAGAGUUAUGCAUAGCUGUACUUCUUAACAUUAUGUGAUUGGCUCUACUUCUCAUAGCAGCCUAUGUGAAAAUUCCAAAGGUGCCUGAAGACUGAGGGCCCCUGCUGUAAGCCCUUCCCAAAGCUACAUUUCUCUUAUGGUUCACUGACUGAGUGGAUGCUAUGACAGGCUUAACACUGAUUUACCACUAGAGCACCAACACAGUCUGAGAUUAAGAAAUCAUGGCUAUUUCUGCACAGGUCUCUGAAAACAUCUGCAAAAUGUUUUCAAUCCUCUCCGUUUGUCUGCACUCACCCCCUCAAAACACUUUAUGGCAGCUAUUUUGUGAUUCUCCCAUUUUAUUUUGUCUUUUCUGUGGAUUUGUAGCUUUGAUGCUUCAAAGCCUCAUGCUGUGAUUCUCCAUAUCUUGUGUCCUCAUAGCAUCGAAGAUAUCACCCCCACAAAAUGACAGAAGUUAAUGGGCAAUGGAGCAAGCUUAGAAAAUAGCACUAAGGAUGAGGUCCAGGGACAGUGCAGAAGCUUGUAAAACAUUUUAAAGUAAUGCGAGCAAGUGAAAACAUUUCAAAAACGUUUUCACAAAAAAAAUGGCUAAAAUCCAGGAUGCAUACAAAACGUUUUAAGGCUGGAAAUAAAAUGUUUUGGGCUAAAAACUAAAUGGAACUCCUUGGAGGAAAAAUUUUAUUUCCUGUCCCAAAAUGUUUUAUUUUGGUUGUACGGAAAGGGCCCAUUUCAUCCAAAUUUUGAAAAACGUCCAGUUGAGUUUUGCUUAGAAGCCAGCAGUUACAGCGAGUAAAAAAUUAUCAGUAUGAUUUCCACAGUUACUUGUGCCUGUACAAAAAAUGACUGGUGAAUUCUAAAGUCUGUUAAGAUGAUGAUCUAGAUUUUUCUCAUAUUUAUUUCCAUCACCUGUCUCAAAACAAAUACAGGCCAAAGCUGGUGAUCUGUAAGGACCAUUGUUGCAUUUAAAAAGCACUGACAGUGGUGAUAUGAAUGCUGGAAUGUCGACCAUUUCAUAUAAUAAAAGCAUGUUGUACUUGAA